AUGGAUACACAGAUGAAGGUUGAAAUCAUUGAGAGGAAAAUAAUUAAGCCAUCCUCCCCAACUCCUCAUCAUCUUAGAAAUUUUGAGCUGUCAUUUUUCGAUCAGAUGGCAAUUACAAUUUACACUCCACUCCUUCUCUUCUUUCCAAAUACUACUUCUAGUAAGCUUGAAAUAUGUGAGCAUCUAGCAGAAUCAUUAGGUAAAACUCUCACUCACUUCUACCCUUUAGCAGGAAGAAUUAAAGGUAAUACAGUGGUCGAAUGUAAUGAUGAUGGAGCUGAAUUUGUCAAAGCGAAAGUCACCUGUUCCUUAUCAGAUUUUCUAGAAAAACCAGAAGCCGAGAUAUUAGAACAGUUCCUUCCAGCUGAGAUUUUAUCCAAGGAGGCAGGGACUGGUCCUUUGCUUCUUGUGCAAGUCAACUUGUUCGAGUGUGGUGGAAUGGCAAUUGGGUUUAGCAUUUCACAUAAGAUUGCUGAUGCCUCCACACUGUCCACAUUCAUCAAUUGCUGGGCUCAAGUAACAAAUACAACCAGUACUGAUAGUGAGGUAAUGCUUCCAGAAUUUGGUUCGGCAUCUCUCUUUCCACCACAAGAUUUCUCUAAUGACUCACAGCCACCAGCCCGAGUAUACUCCAAAAAGAACAUCAAUAUAACAAGGAGGUAUGUGUUUGAUGCCUCAAACAUUUCUGCUCUACAAUCUAAAGUGGCUAGUUCAGCUGUGCCACAACCUACACGUGUAGAAGCGAUUUCAGCACUCAUUUGGAAAUGUGCAGUCGAAGCAUCGACAUCAAAAUCAGGAUCUCAAAGGCCAUCAGUGUUCAGCCAAGAUGUGAACUUGCGUAAAAGGGUUGUGCCUCCCUUGCCUGAAAAUUUUGCUGGGAAUGUUGUAGGUUUUUAUAGAUCAAAGGCUGAAGUUGAAGACGGUACUAUUGUGGCCAUAGAUCUAAAAGACUUGGUUUCUAAAUUCAGGGAAGGGAUUGAAAACUAUGCUGCUAUAACAAAAACCAUAUUUGGUUCUGAUGAAGCAUGGCAAGGGAUCAAAGAUAAGUACAAGAACCUGAAAAAAAGUGAUGACGUGGAGUUCUACAGCUGCACAAGUUGGUGUAGGUUUCCUUUUUAUGAAGCAGAUUUUGGAUGGGGAAAGCCAAAAUGGGUGAGCAUUGCUAGUGUUUCAAUUGAAAAUAUUAUUGUUUUGUUGGAUAAGAAUGGAAUAGAAGCAUGGUUGACUAUGAACCAAGAAAACAUGGCCUUAUUUGAGAGCAGUACAGAGCUGCUUGCAUAUGCUUCUGUAAAUCCAAGUGUUAGGUGACACAUGACAACAAAACACGGCCUUAUUCGCUAGCUUUUUUGUUUUCUUCAUGCAUUUGAUCUUUGUCUUUGUACCCUGGAAGUGUAAU